GUCAAUAUUCGUUGCAAUAAGAGAGUAUCGCUGUUAUAUGAUUUUGCGCAUAACGACGAUAUCUGUAUCUAAAUUAUAUCAUAUCUAUUGCGUGAAACUGGCUACGUAAUCUUGUUUACUCCGCGGUUUUAUCGCGACCGAUAUUUGUUCCCUUUCUGCGAUCGAUAAUUGUGUGAAGAAGAACAUUAUCGUCUUCAAGACAUCUACGAAAAAUAGCCUCCUCAUAAUGCCGUGUCAUUGAUACAAUAAUGGCUGUUUCCGUUCAUGCUAUUUUUCCAGCCACAUAUCAAUGCGUGUCAGCUAUUCUACAUGAUAAUCAAGUAGCAGCUGCGUAAUUUUCCCCAGACAAUGCUACGUAUCAAAGUGUUGCGUUCCCGGUUCAUUUUCGAUGUACCAUUUUAUAUACCUCUCUCUUUCUCUCUCUUUCUCUCCCCCUCUCUUUCUCUGUCUACUCGACGGGCUGCGGGAUAUCUUGUAUCUUGCGUUUCCUUACCGGAGCUAAAGAGAGGCUAAACGCGCACGCGCGCGCUUGCCCGCGAACAAACAAUUAAAUUUCUUCCCUCUAGCAAACGGGACCCGGGCUCGAAGUCCGUUUGUUUGGCCGCGAUGAAUUUGGCGUGAUUACUAACGCAACAGCGGGUAUUAUUCGGCAAUCGUCGGCCGCUGUUUACGCAAUUGCCAGGCCCGCACGUGUUAUUCCGCAUUUAUCAUCGCGCAGGCUUGUUGUUUCAACUGCCGCUUUCGAAGGGAUGCGACUAACACACGCAAAGCGGAUGCGUGUUCUUCCAGUGAUAGUUAUCAGGCGGGAGCGAUAAGGCGCGCGCCUUAUCUCUUGCUCUAGGCAGCCCGGAGAGAGAUCGCGCACAAUUAAAACGCGACCGGCGGCACGGUAUCGCCGCGCGACGCCGCCGUUUCCUUUGUCUGACCGUCCGCGGUGCGUCUCGGCGAGUCUCGCCGACUUUCGCGGCGAGAGAGCGAAGAGACUGAGCGAGGGAAGGAAGCCAAACGGACACGCGCCAUUGGCACCACCGAUGCCGCUCUGCCGAGGAGGAUAAACCACGGUCCACUGCAGAGACUCUACGGUCAGCUCGAAUCGUCGUUCCUCCCGCGCGAACGUCCUUCUCCAGGAUCCCUCGGGCCUGUUUCUCAGUGUUUCCCGUCGCGGGACCGGUUGCGCGGCGCGCGACGAUGAAGAUCUACGACUGCGGGCCGGACAACAAGAUCCGGCUGUACCUGAGACAGCUGCUGACCGCCCUGGCGCCGCUGCUGGGCAUCACGGCGUCCGGCAUGUCCAACGGCUACAGCGCGAUCCUGCUGCCGCAGCUGAAGUCGUUGGCGCUGAACGGCAGCGACUUCUCGGCGGACGCCGGGAGCGCCGGUCACCUGGGGAUGCUCAGCAUCGACCAGGAGUCGUGGAUCGCGGCGGCCUCGGUGCUGCCGAUGGCUCCGGGCUGUUGGACCGGCGGCUUCAUGGCGGAGCGGUUCGGCCGGAAGAAGUCAGUGCUGCUGUUGUUCCCCGUGUUCUUCGUCGGCUGGCUGAUCAUCGGCCUCGCCGGCAACGUGGAGACUCUGGUGGCCGGCAGGCUGCUCGUCGGCUACUGCAUGGGCAUCCUCGCGCCCAUCGUGCCGAUCUACGUGAGCGAGACGAGCGACCCGCUGUUGCGCGGCAUUCUGCUGGGAGCGAUCGGCCUGAGCCUCUCGAUGGGCAUAUUGGCGUGUCACGCGAUGGGCACCUGGCUGCACUGGCGGACCACCGCCUACGUCUGCGGCGCGCUGCCGCUGGUCUGCUGGCUCAUCAGCUUGUUCUCGCGCGAGAGUCCGAUGUGGCUGCUCGCCAGGGGCGAGCUCGAGCGGGCCAAGCGCUCGUGGCUGUUCCUCCGCGGCGAGGGCUCCCUCGAAGAGUUUUCCCUGCUGGAGACGUCCAGGUUAGCGGCGGUGUCGAGGCGGCAGGAAGCGCCGAGCGAGCAGAAGCGGUGGCCGGCGGUGCUGGGCUCCUUACAGGAGACCUGGUCCUCGCGGCACUUCCUCAAGCCGCUCGCCAUCGUCUGUCUAUACUUCUUCACCACGCAGUUCGCCGGUGCCAACGUCAUGAGUUUCUACUGCGUGGAGAUGCUGGCGAACGUGCCGGGGCUAACGGACGCGUACUCGAUCACCCUGCUGAUCGACGCGAUUCGCCUGACGUUCGGCGUGAUCGUGUGCGCGCUCAUGAAGUCGUGCGACAGACGCGCCAUGACAUUCCUGUCCGGCUUCGGCGUGGCCGGCGCAUUGUUGUCGCUGAGCGCGUGCCUGACGUUCGACAUCGGCCAACCGUGGGCGCCCGUGCUCUUGCUCUUCGUGUACAUCGCCCUGCUGCCGCUGGGACUGGUGCCCUUGCCGUGGCUGCUGUGCGGCGAGCUGUUCGCGACGAACACUCGCGAGCUCGGCUCCGGACUCGCGUCCGCCUUCGGUUUCAUCUGCUUCUUCGUGGUGAUCAAGACGACGCCCGCGAUGAUGGAGUUUAUCCGGCCCGCCGGCACGUUCGCCGUCUACGGCUGCGUGGCGCUGGUCGGCACCAGUAUUCUCUAUUUUGUCCUACCCGAGACGAAGAACAAGACCCUGCUGGAGAUCCAGGCGAUCCUCGACAGGAAACCGAGCGCGCUCGCGCGACUGCAAAACAUGGACAUUCCGAUUCUCAAGUGCGAGUUUAUCGACAAGAGCGCGAGUCUAAAGAAGGACGUGGCGCCCGAAAAAUGAUGACCGUUUUAUAUGACAGACCGACAGUAUAAAAGUAUGUGUGCGUGUGUGUGUGUGUGUGUGUGUGUGUGCGUCUUCUCAUUGUAGUCGACAAAUCGACUGAAUAUUCGCGUAUUUAUGCGAUGCGAUGAAAAUAAAUCGAUGAUCUUGCCUUAAGAGCUAACGUCACGGUUGAGGCUGGAAAAUGAUACCUAAGUUUGAGCAUUUUUUUUACAAGUAGAAAAAUAAAUUUUGUUGAAAAAUCAAAUGCAAGUCUGUAUUGUACAACUAUCGAACUGUACAAGCAUAUUUUUACUCCAUUUUCUUUUUCAAAAUAGCGGCAGUUCUUCUGGAGACGUGUUUUUUUUUUUUCGUUGGGAUUUCCAGCUCCGGCCUGGUUGGAUCUGGAACAAUCAGGCAAAGAUUGUUAUUAUCUACAUACGUAAAAAGCUUUCGAGUACGUAGGAUUUUUUCGAAACGUUUGAAUUUUUUGUGCAAUAACCAUUUGUUUGACAAAAUUUUAAGGUAAGAAAUUAACUUUUCUUCCAAUAACGUGCCAAAUUGCGAAAAAUUAGCAUUUCUCUAAAAUUCUAUGUACUCGAAAGGUUUUAUGUAUGUAGACAAUAAAAAUCUUUGCCUGACUGUUCCAGAUCCAUCCAGGCUAGAGCUAGAAGUCUCACUGUUUUUUACGAAAAAGAAAACACGCCUCCAAGGAGUUGCCACAAUAUGCCGCUAUUUUGAAAAAGAAAAUAGAAUAAAAAUAUGUUUGUACAGUUCGAUAGUUGUAUAAUACAGGCCUGCAUAUGAUUAUUCAAUAAAAUUUAUUUUUCUACUUGUAAAAAAUGCUCAAACUUAGGUAUCAUUUUUCGGCCUCAACCGUGGCGUUACCUCUUAAUGCGGGAUUCUCUUCCUCUCUUUCUCUUUCCCUCUCCUUCCCGUCUGAGCGCUUCUCUAUCGUAUUAGAUGUUUGAAGUUUUCGCUGUUUUCCAAGAAACAUCGUAACGAGUACCACAUGCAUAGAAUUUCCAGUAGUAACGCAUGUAUACGAGAGUACUAUAAACAAGCUUUCAUUUAGUAUAUGACAUUUGGUGGACGUGUAAACAAUAUUUGGAUCAACAAUGUUUGGGAUCAACAAGGCCUGGUGUUAUGCGCUGCUGCAACCGUGUCAGACCAUCAAUAGCGGACGUUACCGAGAACAUUUAUUUAAUUAAUGAAUUUAAUUAAUGAAUUUGAACCGAGUAUUGGAAGACAAACAUCUAGAAUAUGCCAAAAGACAUGACAAAGUGAUUUUGUUACACGAUAGUGCUUGACCACAUGUUGCGGAACCAGUCAAGAAUACGUGGGAAGCACUCGACUUUGACCGCCAUAUUUCCCAAACCUGGCUCCUGAUUAUCAUUUGUUUCUGUCCAUGCAGCAUGGCCUUGCGCAGCACUUCACUUCGUAUGAAAAUAUUAAAAAUUGGCCACUGGACCGCUUCGAAGAAACUAGAGUUCUUCUGAUCGCGGAAUCCACAUGUCGCGCGAAAAGUGCGAAAAGGUUAUAGCCGACGAUGGGCACACUACUUUGAAUAAACUAUUCUUUCUGCUUCUCAUGAAACACAGAUCUUUUAUUUCACAAAAGAACGGCGGCAAUUUAUUAAGUACCCAAUGAGAUGCACGGAAAAUGUGCGCGUGUUUGGGAAAAAUCCGCGCGGUUUGUACAUUAACCUUUUGAGGCAUAGUGGUAAGUA